UUAUGACAAACCUCCAUACAUUUCUAACAUCAGCUUAAUGAUAAUACCUCAAAUGACAAGGAAAUGUAUUUGGUGAUCACUGCAGCAUCUGUCAAAAAGGCCAAUGUUCAUGCAGGCAACACAAAGUACUUUUCUAGAUGUUUUAAAAGUUGUAGAUAAAAUAUUGUCGUAAUGGAAGGGUGUGGAGACCUAAAAUAGUACAAAACUCCUCGCCUCUAAAUCAAACACUUCACCCUUUAAUGUACAGGACACAUAAACCACUCACCACUAGUAAAGCUUCUCCUCCCCUUUGUCAUGCUUGAGUUGACUUCCAACUUCACUGAGAUCUAUCACAAAUUGAACAUCAUUCCAGAGGAAGUGAGACACAUACUGUAUAGUAACAGGAAGCCUCUCCAAAGAAACAGAGAUGUCAUAUCAAACAGAAGCAAUGACUACCCAGCCUCAAAUGACUGUAACCAGCUACACUGUCUCUCACUGGAGCUCUGAUGUCUGUGACUGUUGUGACGAUUGCCGAAUCUGUCUGUGUGGGGCGUUUAUUCCUUGCAUUUUGGGUUGUAAGGUGGCACAGGAUAAUGGUGACAGCUGCUGUUUGCCCUUCCUACCUGGUGCUAUGAUUGCAUUGAGAACAAGCAUCCGUGACAGAUAUCAUAUUAAUGGCUCUGUCUGUGAUGACUGGGUGAUUAUGACCUGCUGUCCUUUCUGUGGACUCUGUCAAAUGGCUCGAGAACAGAAGGCAAGAGCCUAAUUUGAAAAGAAAAUGAAGAGGAGAGAAUGGCUAAUUUCUAAAAAUGCCUCGAUU